CUGGUCUUGCAACUUUCAUGAAUCAACGAUUGUUUAUUUACCUCCUGUUGUCUAGUUUUGUAUCAUUGAUGAGGGAGACCUGUUUCAUUUCCUUCCACACACACCUUGGUUUAAGAAGGCUUGAACUGCAAGUGUAAAGUUCAACUUGUUGGUGAUGGACGAGGGCUUUGAAUCCAGUGAUAUCUCGGCUGCACAGUUAGCAGCAAUACAAAAAAAAGGCCAGUUUGCCCGUUCUAUCUCGCUAGCCCUGUCAGCAGAUGCCAAAGAGAAUGAUCAGUCACCCAUCUCUGUCCCUGCUCCCAAUCAUGACAGAGGCAGAGGAUCGGAGACUAAGUCAGCAUCUGGACAGGGAGAUGCUGAUGAUGGCUUUAAAACUGAGGAGGAAGCGUUUGCGGAGCUGGAAAUUCAGGAAGACUUCUCAUGUGAAGAGAGCGACACGAGCAGUGAGGAUGAGAUUGGUUUUGUUGAAGAGACACCUCUACCGACUCAAGAUGGUACACAUCGCAGACGUAAGACUAAGAUACAGAGGCGAAGGAUGAGACACAUGCUGAGAACUGAGUUCCUGGAACACUUUAUGAGAGGCAGCGACACUGAGUGCGAUUUAGACAUUGUCGAAGGUGCAGAUCGAUCACAGAGAGUACCCACCCUGAUGGAGCUUUGCAUGCAGAAGGGUCCCAGUAGGAGCGGGCCCUUGCCGCCAGGCUUAAAGCCUGUAGUUUCACAGCAUAGAGACCGCGCCAGACUUUCCGCUGUACAGCUACGCUGGCUGUGUCACAACUUGGCUGUGCUUGAGGUACUGAUUGAGUGGAACACGGUGGAGGUGUUGCUGCCACCACACGGUGUGAAGACAUUUAUUCUAAGGCGAGAUGCAAGAUCCCUCUGGAGGACCAACGUGGCAAUCUACUGGCGUUCAUACAUGAUGAACCCACCUCCGGAAAGACACCCAGAGGAAGGCCAGUGGAUGCUUCCAGUCAGCCUGCAGAACUUGGCCUCAGUUGACUGGAAAAUUGCGGCUCUUGCUCAUUACCUGAAUUUGACACUACCACAUCACUACUCCAGUCCAAACGUUGGCACACAAUCCAGAUCAGAGGAAAGUCAACGUCAGCGGAGGGUUAAUUUGAGUGUUUUUCAAGCCAAGCAAUAUCUGCAAAAACGGUAUCCCAAUUUAGUACAACACUGCUUUGAUCUGGCGCUGGCGUAUGUGUGGUGGGCUAGGGGUAGAUGCACAAGAGCUCAAGAAGCAUUCCUGAAAGUUAUCCAGCAAUAUCCAGCAGACCAAGAUUCAUCAGAGACCCAGCAUAGUACCCUGUGGGCACGUCACAAAGCCAUGAUCCUGGCGGACAUCGGACGACUUCUAGUCAGCUUCGGACAAUGUGACUCGGCUGGACGGUUUUACCGCGAGGCCGUAGAACUAGCCACAAGGAACCUUUAUCCACUGGAGGUUUCUAAACUCACUCUUCAGUCUUUAGCUUUGGCAGCUUCUGCAUAUGAUCAAGGUUUAAUGGACCGGCAUUCGGCAAUCCAGGCAGGGAAGCUAUGGAGAACCACUACAGAGCAUGCUCAGACCAUGGAGGGCUCUCCGGACAAUAGGUCAUUGAGAGGUAUCUACACGCUUGACCCUUAUCUGGAGGAGGAGGGUCAAAGAGACGCAGUGCUGGCCGCUGUAGAAUCUCUACUACAUUGUCACGCUGGAUGCCCAACUGAUCCAUUGAACCAGGGUUCACGGAGUGCCUUGGAGUGUAAUAGAUCCUGGCUGAGGGAGGCGAGGGCUUGCCUGGAGAAGUUACUUCAACCUCGCUGCGCCCUUGUAGGGCUGUAUCUCUCCAUGAUAAUAGCCAUGCUUGGUGAAGGGGUAGCAGCUGAAAAUGCUUUCAACUUUCAUAUGGCAAGGUUUGGGUAUGGCACCCAGCUUCCAGGAUCUGUUGCCAUGACAUUGUCUGAAGACGUUGUGAAACCGCACCCCUGGUGGCUCUUCCUGGACUGGAUCGACCUCAAGACCAAGGCUCUGGGGAAGAAGAUAAGGGCACCCUUAAGAGUACUUCCUUUAGUCUGGCGACGAGGGUUGGGCCACCCAUCCUACUGCCAUGACAGGAACACCAAAGUGAGACGCGAACAGGCUGCAGAUGUUCAAGGAGUGACCCCUGACCUCUACGUAACCCCUGAAGGUCAUCUGAGUGCUGCUAUGAUACAGAAUCUACCUCCUCUCCGGACUGUCUGUUUAGAUCUAUACACUGGAAAAGUGCACUUUGAUUGUUCCUGCUCUGAGCAGCCCCACAAAUGGGACAACUUCUGCCCGUCAUCAGUGCCCAGGGGUACUGAGGAAACGUUUGCAAACUUUCGCAUCAAUUGCAAUCAAAUGUUACCGCAGCCUAUCGUAGUAUACGUGAAUCCAACUACAUUGGCAACGGUCGCAGUGGUUGUCACCAACGGCAUGAAGCCCUAUUAUACCUAUGAGGUAGUAGCUGCUGAACGGACUUCCUCGAGAAGAAAUCGAGAGAAUUCUGAACCAGAUAAAAAGUCAGAUUGCAUUGGUAGAGAGAUGAGCCCCUCUAUGUCGGUUACAUUCCAGGAUGCCACGGGCAGGGAGAAACUUGAUAUUGUGGAGCUGUAUUACCAAGGUUUCAAGAAGUAUUUUUGUGAGAAAACAUCUUCAUGGAGAGAUCGUUUUGAAGACAAAUAUUCCACAGUAGUAGAGAAUUUCAUUGAUUAUGUAAUCAAAAAGCGUUUAGAUAUCUCAGUUCAGAGUUUUCAAUACUUAAUGUCGAAGCUGUUUGAUUCUGGACAAUCCGCCAAAUCCGUCUUCCGCGCUGAAAGCCUAAGGGUGGGCAAAAUGCUAAAGGUCACUUUAAACAAUGUGAUGUACAUCGGCAAGACAACGGUCGUACUUUCGCUCACAUCAUACAAUUAUGAUGUAUUUAUGUAUUUGGACUGCACCUCCCCAUCAUCUUUCAGCAAGCAGGUUGUGGUUAAACUCUUUGAACUCAGGUCUCCCGCAAAUUGGCAUCAGUUUCCUGAAAAAAGAGCCAACAUAUUAUUGAUGUACAAGCAAUCUGUCUUUGGUAAUGGACGACAGCGGGAUAAAUACGAGGUACUCGCCUUAGACGAGAAGGGAAACAUUUUACACUCGGACAUGGACAGGAAACAAGAGAGUGACCUCCAGAUAAUUGUCGGCCACGGAGACAAGCUUUUGCAGACUACAGCCAGAAACAGUGUUGUCUCUAUGGAUUUCAAGACCAAGAAGCAACGCUACUCACGCCGUUUAUUCGCUGAAAUUACUACCCUUGCUGUAGCCCAGAACAUUCUCUUCAUCUUGACACAUGAGGGCCUUUACGCACUGAACGUUGAUACAUUGGAACCGAUAGUGGUUAUUCAUCACAGCAAGCAACACGACGCAAAUGGAUCGGGAUCAAACGAUGCCGGACUUUUGCUCUUUGCGCCCAAUGCAACGUAUCUUGAGGUACUCGGAUCCCAUGAAGUGUCACUCACCGUUGGAGGUGGCCAGUACUAUCUCACCUUCCUUGCCAUUGAGAAUCACGUACUUAGCUUGAGACGACGGAAAACUGGUGAUGAUGGAGUCUCUUCUGAUGUUAUUGAAGUGUGGGAUAUCAUGGUGCCUGGAAAGCCGACGGAGCUCUGCUACAUCAGUGAACAAGCUGGUUUCGUGGUGUCUGCGACUGUUUUCAGCAACAAGACUGACCGUUACUAUAGAGAGAACUUGUACUGGUUUUCUACCACCGGUGACCUGAUUGCCAUUCAUCCAUUCCUCGGAGGACGUCGACACGGGUUUCUACCGGUCUACUUGAACGACCCCGCCGUUGAGGGCGCUGUUGAUGAGAAGGGGAGCAACGCCCAGAGGGUGUGGCAUUUAUAUUUUGCAGAUGGACUUGGUGCGUUGUGUUGCAUCAAGCUAGAGUUGCCUGAGAAUCAAUAGACCUCUCGCACAGGCUGCAAUCACUGAGGUCAACGAAUUGACACAAGCGCGUAUGCACGAGCCGGGCAUAACUCUUGCUCGGCCUCAUCAGUCUCAUCCAAGACCGCUGGAAUGGGCAGAUGAGCUCGUACAAAUUCUUGUUCAGAAUGUAGUGAUGCAUGAUGGGAGCAAUUGUACUGCAAUCAAAACAUGUGCACACAUGUUGUGAUAUUAAUGCAUGGAGGCUCCAUACAAUCGUUUUAAAGCCAUUCUACACUUUCGGAACAGAAACAAAGAAAACAACUUCACAGAUUGACAGGGUUUACAGAAGGUAAC